AUGGAUGACAGCGGUCCUCUAUAUAAUGUACGCAUGAAGCGUGGACAGGGAUAUAAUUCAUACAUCCAAGAAGUCCGAAUAGACAAUGCUGUCACAAUCACCAGACUUGACGAGCAUGCACCGACCUCGGGCGGCACCAGCAGUAGUGAUGCCGACACAGUCACGGCAGGGAACACGACGACGACGACUAAGGCGUCGACAUCCAAUGCGCCCUCACAACAAGGUCUGGACAAAAUCGAUAUCAUUGCCGCCUUUCAGGAAAGUCUGAAGAGCAUUAUGGCGACGGCCGAAUCAACACCACCACCACAACAAACAAAACUCCUCCCGUACUUACUGAAACUCGACCCGAAUGCACGACAUAAUCAAACAGUGACGUUCUCGUCCAAGCAGGUCAAGAGCGUCCUCGAGAUGAACAACGCCAUGGGCUUCAAUGCGUCUGCGGCCAUCAAAGCCACCAGCUUGGGUCCGGGAGCAGAAGCUGGUGCCAGCCUCGCGACGAGUUCCGACCUUGGAGCCAACGACGUCAAUUUCCUCGUGCAUGUCAAGGUGGUCAAUGAAGUCGACGACCGCAAAGAAGAAUGGUCGUUCAACGAGGUAGCAAGUCUCAACAAGGUCCUCGGCGGCGACGAGAAGGACGAACACGCCCGCAGUGUCCAGUUCACCCGCAUCUAUGGAGACUGUUUUGUCUCGGAUUUUGUGGAGGGUGGCGAGAUGUAUGCGUGGAUCGGCAUCAAGUCGCUGGACCGCAAAAACUCGAGGCAGUUGGCCAUGCACGCCUCGGCGCAACUGACGCCCAUGGGCCUUCCGGUGCAGGCCUCGGCGGAGUCGAACAUGUCCCAGGAACGCGAUCGGCUCUUUUCACAGGCCACGACGUCGAUCCGUAUCCAGUGGCGAGGCGGCGGACAGAUCAAGAACCACGAUUUCCCCUGGGGCAUGGACAAUCUGGUCCUGAUCGCCAAUGCCUUUCCGUCCAUGGUGGCCGCCAAACCGGCCAAGAUCCGCGCCGUGCUGACACCGUAUGCGGCGCUGAAGAGUUUCCAGGACCAUCGGCUGGCCAACCCACAGAUCCCCUUGCCGCUGACGUACGACCACUGCGCCAUCUACACCAGUACCCUGUACGAGGACUUUAUGGCUUUCCAAGAAUUGUGUGAAACGCUCAAUGACAUGAUUCGUGCUCCCCAAGGUUAUCGAAAUCGAGACGGCGACAAGACAAGGAAGGACAAUCAAAAGGCUUCUGUCCUGGUGGAAAGGAUCACAGAAGUGGCUGACACUGUACCGCCGACAGCUAACGACGCGGGCUCAUCUCCGGGACCGGGCAAGAAGACACGUGCACUCAUGGACCUGGACGCAAUACUCUCGGACUCGACUCGCAAAUUGGCCAACAUGGACCCCGAGCCACACAAGCUGAGCAUGAUGAGGCUCCUGUGUCGUUCGUCGAUGAUAUAUAUUCAAGAACAGGCAGCGGCGUUGGUCGUCGAUCCCGCGCGAUCCAUCACCAACAAAGACAAGCACGGGCGGCACGUGUAUAGUCUUCCAAAAUACGUCUGUCCGGGGGUCAUUCAGAGCAUUCUUCCCGUGCCCAGAUACGACAACAGUGGUGGCGAUUGGCGGGUCAAGGAGCUCGCCGACUUGUGUGCUGCGAAAAACAUUCUCAGCGACUCAUUGAAUUACUGGUGGGAUGUCAUUGGUGAAUCCUUGUCUCGGUACAGGAGGUACGAACACUUUGCGAUGGGGAACUUUGACCUCGAUGAUGAAGAGUUCCCCCAGCGCGUUGCAGUACAGCCCUUUGGAUCAAGAUGGUUUCAUGGCCGUCGACUGAAAGAUAGUCACAAUGCCAUUGCCGGAAUCGGGCUCGGAUACGCGGACAAGAAAACAACAUUCAAUGUCAAUACCCAGACCGUCGAGGGCACUGAGGUCCGUGGACUCAAACAAUCCAGCGCAGAAGAGCAGGCGUCAAUGUUUGCAAACAUUUUCGUUGGGUCCAAGCCGAGUGCAGAGAGGUGGAAGCAGAUCGACGAAGGCAGUCUGAGUGCUGCCCCGAUCAAUCUAGUGAACGUGUAUUACCUCCCUGGUACUGGUAGAAUUGCAGGGAUCGAGUUUCUCUCGGACCCGAACGUGACAGAGUUCAGUGACAGCUCGACAAGAGCGACGAGGGUGUUUGUUCACAAGGCUUGGAAACAAGGUGUAAAUGCAGACAGUGUCGAGGUGGAGGAUUUGCCGGACGAGAUGGAGUGCCAGAGCUUGUUCCCGGGAGAUGGCCUGUCAGGAGACGAUGUUGAUAAGACUUGGAUGUUUGCUGGUUUGGUCGGGGCGUUCGAGAAGACUGGGAUGGUAGGGAGUGUCGGUGGCAGAGUGUUGGCCAAGGUGGCGGUAGUUUGGAAGAGACGCCCGGGGACUUGA